AUGACCACAAAGGCUUGGCUCCUUGACAUUUGCCUUAUGGUGUUGAUUGUCAUUGAAACCUUGUCCCAAAACUGCAGUCAUCUUCGUAAGCAUCUUCUGGAAGAUAACAAGGAGAACUUAGCAGUUCUAAAAAGUCAAUUGGGAUCGGUUUUUCCUCUACAAUGCCUGAAUGAUGUGAUCAGCUUUUCAUCCCAACCUGAAGAAGAAAACAUCCAAAAUAUUUUUGAACUCCAGAAAGAGAAUGCCACAGUAGCCCUCCAUGAAAUCCUCCGACAGAUCCUUUGCCUCUACAGUCAAAACCAUACCAAAUUGCCUUGGGAUGAGAAUUCCAUUGGCAUGUUAAAGGCUGGACUGAGUCAGGAAAUCGCAGAAUUGUCACCAUGUUUGACUGAAGACAAACAAGAUAUCAGGGAAGCAGUGAAAACAUAUUUUGAUCGAAUCCAGAGUUUCCUAAAAGAUGGGGAGUAUAAUGGGUGCGCCUGGGAAGUUGCCCAAAUUGAAGUUAGUCGAUUUUUCAUGGUGAUGGAGCAGCUCAUCAGAACACUUCAUACCAAAGAAACUGUUUUGAUACCUGAAGUAAAAGAGGUUGAAGCUGAGGCUGAGGCUGCGGCUGAGGCUGCGGCUGAGACUGAGACUGAGACUGAGACUGAGACUGAGACUGAGUCUGAAAAUAAGGCAUCAGAAACAUGUCUGCUCCCAGGGAUAUUCGGUGAGUAG